AAAGGUACAGCCAAAGUAGACUUUUUGAAGAAGAUUGAAGAAGAAAUCCAACAGAAAUGGGAUACUGAGAAAGUGUUUGAGGUUAAUGCAUCUAAUUUUGAGAAGCAGACCAGUAGGAGCAAGUACUUUGUAACCUUCCCAUAUCCAUAUAUGAAUGGACGUCUUCAUUUGGGACACACAUUUUCUUUAUCCAAAUGUGAGUUUGCAGUAGGAUACCAGAGAUUGAAAGGAAAAAGUUGUUUGUUUCCUUUUGGCUUACACUGUACUGGAAUGCCUAUUAAGGCAUGUGCUGAUAAGUUGAAAAGAGAAAUAGAGCUGUAUGGUUGUCCCCCUGAAUUUCCAGAUGAAGAAGAGGAAGAAGAAGAUACCAGUGUUAAAACAGAAGAUGUAGUAAUUAAAGAUAAAGCUAAAGGAAAAAAGAGUAAAGCUACUGCUAAAGCUGGAUCUUCUAAGUACCAGUGGAGUAUUAUGAAAUCCCUUGGUCUGUCUGAUGAGGAGAUUGUAAACUUUUCUGACGCAGAGCAUUGGCUUGAGUAUUUCCCGCCACUGGCUGUGCAGGAUCUGAAGAGAAUGGGUUUGAAGGUAGACUGGCGUCGUUCUUUUAUCACCACUGAUGUGAACCCUUACUAUGAUUCGUUUGUCAGGUGGCAGUUUUUAACCCUAAGAGAAAGGAACAAGAUUAAAUUUGGGAAGCGUUACACCAUUUAUUCUCCAAAAGAUGGACAGCCUUGUAUGGAUCAUGACAGACAAACUGGAGAGGGUGUGGGACCUCAGGAAUAUACUUUAAUCAAAAUGAAAGUGCUUGAGCCGUACCCAUCCAAAUUAAGUGGCCUGAAAGGGAAGAAUAUCUUUUUGGUAGCUGCUACUCUCAGGCCUGAGACCAUGUUUGGACAGACAAACUGUUGGGUUCGCCCUGAUAUGAAGUACAUUGGAUUUGAAACUGUGACUGGUGAUAUAUUCAUUUGUACCCAACGAGCUGCCAGGAAUAUGUCAUACCAGGGCUUUACUAAAGACAAUGGAGUGGUGCCUGUUGUUAAGGAAUUAAUGGGAGAGGAAGUUCUUGGGGCAUCCCUUUCUGCACCUUUAACAUCCUAUAAGGUGGUCUAUGUCCUCCCAAUGCUCACUAUUAAGGAGGAUAAAGGCACUGGUGUGGUCACAAGUGUUCCUUCUGACUCUCCCGAUGAUAUUACUGCUCUUAGAGACUUGAAGAAAAAGCAAGCCUUAAGAGCAAAGUAUGGAAUUAGAGAUGACAUGGUCUUGCCAUUUGAACCGGUACCAAUCAUUGAGAUCCCAGGUUUCGGAAAUCUAUCUGCUGUAACCAUUUGUGAUGAGUUGAAAAUUCAGAGCCAGAAUGACCGAGAAAAGCUGGUAGAAGCAAAGGAGAAGUUGUACCUAAAAGGAUUUUAUGAUGGUGUAAUGUUGGUGGAUGGCUUUAAAGGCCAGAAGGUCCAAGAUGUCAAGAAGACUAUUCAGAAAAAGAUGAUUGACUCUGGAGAUGCCUUCAUUUACAUGGAACCAGAGAAACAAGUGAUGUCCCGGUCUUCAGAUGAAUGUGUCGUGGCCCUGUGUGACCAGUGGUACUUGGAUUAUGGAGAAGAGAGCUGGAAAAAGCAAACAUCCCAGUGCUUGAAGAACUUGGAAACAUUCUGUGAGGAGACCAGGAAAAAUUUUGAAGCUACCUUAGAUUGGCUACAAGAACAUGCUUGCUCGAGAACUUAUGGUUUAGGCACUCGUCUGCCUUGGGAUGAGCAGUGGCUGAUUGAAUCACUUUCGGAUUCCACUAUUUACAUGGCGUUUUACACAGUGGCACACCUCUUGCAGGGCGGUAACUUGCGUGGACAGGGAGAGUCUCCACUGGGCAUCAGACCCCAACAGAUGACUAAGGAAGUUUGGGAUUAUGUUUUCUUCAAGGAAGCUCCAUUUCCUAAGACUCUGAUCCCAAAGGAAAAAUUAGAUCAGUUAAAGCAGGAGUUUGAAUUCUGGUAUCCUGUGGAUCUUCGAGUCUCUGGCAAGGAUCUUGUUCCAAAUCAUCUUUCAUAUUACCUUUAUAAUCAUGUAGCAAUGUGGCCAGAUCACAGUAACAAGUGGCCCGCAGCUGUUAGAGCAAAUGGACAUCUCCUCCUGAACUCAGAAAAGAUGUCGAAAUCCACAGGCAACUUUCUCACUUUGACCCAAGCUAUCAAUAAAUUUUCAGCUGAUGGAAUGCGCCUGGCUCUGGCUGAUGCUGGUGACACUGUUGAAGAUGCCAACUUUGUGGAAGCCAUGGCAGAUGCUGGUAUUCUCCGUCUGUACACUUGGGUGGAAUGGGUGAAAGAAAUGGUUGCCAACUGGGGUAGCCUAAGAAGUGGUUCUGCCAAUACUUUCAAUGAUAGAGUCUUUGCCAGUGAAAUGAAUGCAGGAAUUAUUAAAACAGAUCAAAACUAUGAAAAGAUGAUGUUUAAAGACGCUUUGAAAACAGGCUUUUUUGAGUUUCAGGCUGCGAAAGAUAAGUACCGUGAAUUGGCCAUAGAAGGCAUGCACAGAGAACUCGUGUUCAGGUUUAUUGAAGUUCAGACGCUUCUUUUGGCACCUUUCUGUCCACAUUUGUGUGAGCAUAUCUGGACACUCCUUGGAAAGGCUGGCUCAAUUAUGAAUGCAUCCUGGCCUGUGGCGGGCCCUGUGGAUGAAGCCUUGAUACGGUCCUCCCAGUAUCUCAUGGAAGUAGCACAUGACCUCAGAUUGCGACUCAAAAACUAUAUGAUGCCAGCUAAAGGAAAGAAGACUGACAAGCAGCCGCCACAGAAGCCUUCACAUUGUACCAUUUAUGUGGCUAAGAACUACCCAUCUUGGCAACAUACAACUCUGUCAGCUCUACGUAAGCACUUUGAGGCCAACAGUGGAAAAUUGCCUGAUAACAAAGUCAUUGCUAGUGAACUAGGCAGUUUGCCAGAAUUGAAGAAAUAUAUGAAGAAAGUGAUGCCAUUUGUCGCCAUGAUUAAGGAAAAUCUGGAGAAGAUGGGACCACGGGUUCUGGAUUUGCAAUUGGAAUUUGAUGAACAGGCAGUGCUCUUGGAGAAUAUAGUCUACCUGACAAAUUCUCUUGAGCUAGAGCACAUCGAAGUCAAGUUUGCCUCAGAAGCAGAAGAUAAAAUCAGGGAAGACUGCUGUCCAGGGAAACCACUUAAUGUGUUUAGAACAGAACCUGGUGUGUUAGUUUCCAUAUUGAAUCCUCAGCCAUCUAAUGGUCAUUUCUCAACCAAAAUUGACAUCAGGCAAGGCGAUAAUCGCGAUUCCAUAAUCAGGCGUUUAAUGAAAAUGGAUCGAGGAAUCAAAGACCUUUCCAAAGUAAAACUGAUGAGAUUUGAUGAUCCACUGUUGGGACCUCGGCGAAUUCCCAUCUUGGGAAAAGAGUACUCUGAGAAGACUCCUAUAUCUGAGCAUGCUGUUUUCCAUGUGGACCUCAUGAGCAAGAAAAUACAUCUCACUGAAAAUGGGCUACAGGCUGAUAUUGGCGAUACAAUUAUCUAUCUGGUUAAUUAAACUCCAGCAGAUUGGAGAUUUCCUGGUUUCUGGUAAUAGUUCUACUCUGAUUGUGCCUACGGUCUGGCUAAAAGAACCUUAGGUGGGACCUAAAUAGAUUUCCUGUCUAACCACCAAAUUCUGCAUAUAAUCAUAAUUAUAUAAAGUCAUCUUUGAUUCUUAAAUUUAAUAAAAAAUAUUCCCUCUUUC